AUGUCAGAGUUAUCAGAGGCUGAAAAGCGCAGAAUCCUGCGUGAAAGAAGACAAAAGAAGUUUAGUAAUGGGGGCGCGUCUUCAAGAUUGAACCAGAUUACUGGUCAAACAGAAAAGAGUUUUUUGUCUACAGAAUCACCACUCGACUCCAGAAGCUCCACCCCCUCCACUCCCACUCCAGCUCCCACCAAUAAUGAGCAGUCAACAAAGCAGAUGGAGGAACUACUUGCUAGCAUAUCAGCACCAUCCUCAGCUUCUAAAGGGAAUAAACCUAAAUCUGAGGGUUCCUCCAAUCCACAAAUGGAUUUGUUUGCCCAACUUGCCAAAAUGCAGCAAAGCGAUGCUAAUGAAAGUACACCAGAUACUCCUGAUAUUUUUGCUCAACUUCUGAAGUCUGUACAGCAACAAGAAAGUGCACAAUCUUCCAGCGAACCGCCGGCCGAUGCUGCGAUGAUCGAGGCUCACAACAAAAAGGUGAACAAAUUGAAGGCCUUUACGGUUUUAAUCAAAUGGCUAUUUUUCUUGACCCCCUACAUCAUUUACAUCACCAAUCCCGCCCAUAACGUCGUAGGUUCCUCACUUCUUGAUUCGAUGCUUAAAAGGUCCAAUUUUUUCACUGUAUUUACUUCAUUUGAGGUGGUCGCUAUUUCUGUUUACUAUCAGAUACUUCUUUCUGUGGAGAAGUCCCAUAAAGUUAACACGUUGCAGAGCAAUAGCAAAAUACUACAAUUGGUCAGUAUGGUUCCUGAAGGACUUAUCCCCAUCAGAGAUUUACGAGGAAAAGCUUCUCUCGCAUUACAGUACUGGGAUGUUCUCUCAAUGUAUUUGACCGACCUAUGCUUUGCGUUGGUUCUUAUGGGCGUUUUACAUCGAUUUUACUAUGCCUUUUAG